CCCGUCAAAUUGGAACACGUCACCAACUGAGGUCUCUUAACAGUAGACAAUAGCGAGCCAUCAACGUCAGAGCCAGCAAUUUUCCAAAGGAAUUGAUCCUAUCAUUGAGAAAGGCUCUAGAACAAGCACACCUGGGUUCCCUUCUCAAAAUCUUAACAUCUGUGCGACUGUUCAUGUCGUACUUCUGUCUUUUUUGAUUUGGCAGGGUAUCCGGAAUCUCAACCUUCCUGAGUUCUGUUGCUGUCCGCAAGUCAUGGGAAGUUUCCUCUCUAUACAGAGUGGAGAGAAACAGCGCCGAUCAAACCGGCUCUCAAAGCCACCAUCGACUUUCACUUCCCGUUCACCAAGCUGCCGUUCACCUCUUCAAACAUCUGGUGCCAGUUCCCCUGUGGCACCCAAAGUUGCUCCCUGGCAAGAGUAUUCGACUACUACUUCUAGUCCCAUCAGAUCGUGGGACCUCGAAUCAAAAGGCCAAAGGCCGCAGUCAGUCCCCUCAGUAUCACUGCGAACCGAGGCGCUAUGGACGGGUACCAGCGAGACUAGGAAGAGUCCGCCCAUGUCCAGAGAGCCAAAUGAGCUUCGUCUCCACUCAGACACGUCCAACACUCCAGGGCCCUUGUGUAGGCGAGCUUCUUUUCAGCCAACUACAUCAACCGCCUUUCGGUCAACUACCCUACGAAGUGAAUCAGGCCAGCUAAGAAGGUCCUAUUCAGUCCAUUCACCUCCCCACAGUACAAGAGGCGCGAUACACCAAAGUAGUCUUGAAGAAGCCACAUCUUCUAACACUCAUUUCAUGGUAGAUAGUCCAGGGUUUUCCUUGAUUCGCCGACGCUCUUUGCUGACGCGUCCUGGGAUCGCUACGAGACGAUCUGUAAGAGAUUCGUCUCGUCGAUGUCCUUCGCCAAUCGGACAAGAGUUAGGAUUCUCAUUCAAUCAUACGGACGAACCAAAACAACCUUCCCAGUGGCCACUAACAAGCUGUGUCGAUUCUGUCUUGCAGCAUACUACUCCGCUUGCUCAAUUUCGCCCGCCAACACCAAGUGACUUCGAGUAUACUCAUUUGGGAACUCUUAAGCUAGGGUCUUUACGGGUAGUGAAUGGCUCGGCUUCUCCGUGUCCCAGCGAUAGAAGUCGACUCCGACCAUACAGUCCGACUCCCGAAGCCAGCACCGCGCAUAUGACAGAACUACGUCGGAGCAGAGACCACUUAGCCCACGUGGAUCCACCAGGGGUGGCUGCCCUAGACCGAAGAGACCAUCGCAGCGUAAUUGAAAAUUCUUGGGAUCCUGAAACAGUCCCAAUGCCAAUGUAUAACAAUCCUGAGGGGUCCAGCAAUGUGCCGUCAUCGGAUACUAGAAACAUGUCAGGUCUCUCAAAAAGCAAGCCAUCCACGUCUAUUCUACAGAUCCCAUCUUUUCCUGACGUCAUUGGACACGAAGAUUUUCCGGCAAGUCCAUUCUCUUUUGAGAAAUCACCGACUAUCACAAUCCCUCAUGGGUUUUAUGUUAAAGAAAUGGAAGAUGAAGGUGUAUCUGUGUCUGAUGACGAAAAGGCAUUAGGCUUCGGGAGGAAAGCUUCUCGAAAAGGCUCCCAUCCGAAUAGGUUAUCCCAUUCACACAGAAAAGUAGAUAGCGGCUACAGCUCUGCUACAUCAGUCCGCUCUCUACAAGACAAUCGCACUAGGGAUUCCAUUGAUUCCCAAGAGUCAGCACAGCGGCCUCCCAGUCAUCGCAGGUUCACACUCGGGGGCAGCAGAGAGCCUGAGAUGUGCAAUGUAAGAGGUCACUCGGGGCCUGGCAACCAGCUCCCUAUGGACCGCCACCUAAGCCUUCAAGGUCCUAGGAUAGGUCCUAGAUGCGAUUCACAUGGUCGGCCAACAAACAUGUUUACAAUGUGCCAUGAGACACCAUCGCUACCGGCUGCUGGACGCCCAAGAAGCUUAUCGUUGACUUCGCCACAGGACUCUAGUCGCACAGUGUCUUUUUCUCGAUAUUGUAAUCAGCUACGCCACUCUGGCACUGCAUCCAGUGGAACCUCACCUCCUUCAGCACACAGACCAGUUCCAACUACAAUCCAAACUACCGAUAAUAUCAUAUCCAACAACCAUCGUUAUGAAGGGCUCACAACUCGCACUGUAGAGCCCAGUAACGUAAUAGGUCAGAAGGAGCUAAAGACUACGAAUCAAGGGAAACCUGGAGCUGACCUCGAGAGUGACCAACCUCACAAGAGCAACCUGCGCCGGUCAAAAUCGGCGAAAAAGCUUGUCAAGAAAACUCCGAAUGCGGUACAUGAUCAAGACCCGCAAACUAUAGGGGCUAACGCGGCUGUUCAGUGCCUAGAAGCAGAGAUCGUGGCACUUCUAACGCCACCAUCACAACUCCCAGUAAAGAAUGUGGAUGUGCAUCCCGAGUCUCUAAGAGGCCGGGCGAGAAGCCGGGCCAUUGACUUUGAACGGCGCAUGACAGUAAAACAACAGAAACACCCAAGCAUAAAAGUGGCGGCUCCACCACCUUCCCUCUAUCAUUGAUAUCAAAUUUCACUGUCUUUCCUGUCUUUCUUCCUCCUCCUCCUCCUCCUCCUCCUCCUCCUCCUCGUCGUCGUCGUUGUCGUCCUCUUCUUCUGUCUCUCGCUCUCCUCUUCCCUCCCUCCCCUUUUUUUUGGCCGGCCUUGGAUUGGAUCUGUUUGGCGUCAACAUAAUAACUAAGGGUCAUACGUGGGAUUUCUGUGUUAAUUUUUGGAUAUACCCUUGUCGACGAUUUGAAGCACUACUGUUCCAUCCUUCUACCUGUCCUACUUUCUUUAUUCAAGGGAUAGUCGAAUAAUUCCUCGCCUUUCUUUUUAUUAUUGUUAUUCUCAAUACUGUACUUGCCAUUUCUGAUUUCUGGUAUGGAAAGGAAAAACAGGACUGUGCGGUACAUAUUCAUCAAAAGUUUUCCACGUGGUGAUAUCUGUAUAUAUAAUGUCAUGAUGCGAGCGAGAUCCGCAAGUAUGAGCCUCAAAGUAAAAACCUAUACGGGGAAGUUUAGCGGUGAAGC